AUGAAGAUGUGGAUCUCUGUUGUGUUGCUCCUUCUGGUUCCUCGUUCAGCUGGAUCCCCUGCAUCUGUGUUCAGAACAACUGGUGCAUCUGUCACCCUGGAGUUCCAGCAACACCGGCAGCUGAAGAGGGAGAGUGUUGGAUCCGUAGUGUGGAAGUUUGGGCAAGAUAAAAUAAUGAAAUACCUCCCUCACAAGGAAACCAUUAAAAUACUCGGGCAUGAAGGCAGAUUAGAGUUUCAUAAGGAAACCUUCUCUCUGGAGCUGAAGAACCUGCAGAAGAUUGACGGUGGAAUCUACAGAGGAGAGAUCACUGCUGAAGAGAUAGACUUUGAAGCUGAGUACAGACUGUCUGUUCUGGAUCCUGUGGAGGCCCCUGUCUUGUCUAUUGUCUCUAAACAAUCUUGUGAUAAUUUAUCUAAUGUGACGGUGACCUGUAGAGGUCGUGACCUCUCUCUGACCUCCACCUGUAAAAACAUCACCUGCUUUCCAGAGGGAGUAGCCACUGAUGACUCCACCCUCACCCUCUCUGUUAAAGAUGAUAUCAUCACCUGUAACCAUAGCAAUCUUGUUAGCUCAAAGGAUACUUCAAUGGGCAUCGCUACACUAUGUCCUUACUAUUUAGAUAUGGAAUCAACUAUAAACUAUUGUUGGUGCUUAAUACCAGUACUGUUAGGCCUGUGUGCCUGUUGUACAGCUGUGUUUCUCUGGAAAAAGAGACAAACAGGGUCAAAGGAGUCAGUGGAAAACCCCAUCUAUGGAGAGCAGAGGCUUGAGGCACUCUCCAAUAGUGAGACUAUUUACUCAGUGGUGAAGAAACAUAACAAUCACAUGAUUUGAGUUGUAUUAAAUAGCAUAAUCCAUAUCACAUUGGUCACAACUCAAAGCAUCUGAUUAUUGGAGUCUAUAUCAGUGGCCACUAGAUGCCAUACUUCAAACUCACAGCAAAUGUUGGAAUGGCAAGAGCCCCCACCUCAGUUGCUAAGAUAAGCAACACACUUGGACACCUACCUGCACAUUUGCACAGUGCCACUGCUGGCUAUUUUGGUGGCCUAAGCAAGUUGUAUGUGGUUCAAUGUCUUGUAGUGCACUUUACC